AUCAGCUGUGCUCUGAUUCAGGGGAAAUCAGUCGCUUCCCUGCAGCUCUGAGGCGCGGAGCGGAGCGGAGCUCAGCAGGGUUAGUUACAGGCUGUGUGUGAUAAACUGAUGCGUUCUUUCACGCUGAUAUAGCGACUGAAGCUCGGCUUUGUGCGGGAAGAGUCUCAGCGCCUGAGGGUCGCUAUUUCCGCCGAGUCAUCCUGUGGAGGGAACUCACAUUCAGCCUGAAGAAGCUUGGACCCUGUGUUCACACCCAUGGUGGGGGAGGCAGUCAAUGGAGGACACCGCCCUCAAGCAGCCCACUAUGGUUUCCAGACUACCGAAAUUUGGCUUUCGUGCUCCACCUGCUGCUGGACCUGUAACCAAUGGCUCGACCCAUAGUGUUUCCUCUGGAUGGGCUAAAGGAGCACCUGUAGGAAAGCAGAACGGCACAGUUAGGCUCUCUGGCCACUUUCCUAUGAAAGGGAGGAAGGGGAGGGAGGAUUGCGGAGAGAAGGUUCCCGAUUCUGGAGAAGAGGCUCGAGGAUCUCUCCGUUCUCAGCAACAGCCACGUUCUGCAGUGACUGUUAAGCAAAUUAGGAAGCCCUCAGCUGCCCCGGUGGGUAAAACCCAACGUUCCAUCUCCACUAUACCAAGUACCAUUCCGAGGAGCAUUACUCAGCCCAUAAAAACAAACCCACGCAAUCCUGCCCCCAAACAGCCCUCACCCACGCAGCCACCAUGCCGCAAAUUUGGUGCGAAUGUAGUUGCUGCUAGCCAGGGCUCAUCAUCUCCUCAUGGAAGUCUUCAGAGCAGCCUUUCUCACUCCAGUGACAGCCUCAAGUCCCUCUCUGUAGAGAACGUCGUGCGAUCUCAAAGCUUCUCGUAUUUAAAGAGGCCUACAGCUGUCACUGAUCCUCCUCUGACACGUUCUUUCUCGUUUAACCGGGCAGCAGAGCUAGCAAAAGAGCUGCCCAGGCCCCUGGCACAGUCUCCGGUAGCCAGGUCUCCUGUCACUCAGGCCUCCACGGUGUUGGAUUGCGUAGUAAAGCCUACAGUUGCACCAUGUACCAUCUCGUCCAUACCACCCUCAACCUUGAAGAAAUCGCUUCUGCCUAAUUGCACUGAUGGCAAGCCAUCGUCACUCCUCAGCUAUAAGCUAAUGCGGCCGUCGCUCAUCAAGCAACCCCGCCCAAUCAUGCCAAUUAAGGUCCAAGGGAAGGUGGAAUUUACUGAGAGGGAUAGAGAUUCUCGAGAAAAAGCUACACCCAUUUCUGAACCAUCCAGCAACACGCACAGUGCUGGAACGACUCCAGAGGAACCCUUUCCUACCAGGGAGGCAAAUGACCGUCGAGGUCCAUCUCUGGAGCUCUUGGAGGACAUGUCUUUGUCGUCCACAUCCUCUCUGGAACGCAAUGAUGUGAGCGAAGAAUACAUGGAUGACUUUGAUGACUUGGGUAAUGGCAGCGGAAUCCUGCUCAUGUCUGUUCACGAGGGAAGAAAUGACCGAAUGGAGGAGAGCCCUCUUGGUCUGUGUCAGGAGGGAUCAUCAGUGACAAGUCUGCAGAGCUUUGUGUCCGAGACAGUGGACUGGGCUGAGAUGGGCCUCACCGGUAGCAGGGAGGUGGCUGGUGCUUCACAUUACUGUGGGACUCGAACACUGUCUGCGGAGAGGGAUUUACCGCAUGGCUCCUCCCUGGAGCUCUCGCCUUCAGACAGCUCUGGAGGAACCUACAUGUGGGACGAGGAGGUUCUGGAGCCGAUUGGACGGGCCACGCAACUCUGUGCGAGCUUUGACUCCAACCUUAACAGCAUGGACGUUCUCAAUAACUUGGACAACUUGGGAUCUUGUGAUCUGGAGGAGGAUGACCUCAUGCUGGAUGUGGACUUGCCUGAAGAUGUCUCCCUCCACAGUGAUGUUGACGUAGUGUCCCAUUAUGAUCACUCUGAGAGUAAUUACUGGCCGUGGAGAAAGCAGUGCAGAGGGAAACUGGAGCAGCUACCCUACCAGGACGGAGAUGGAGUUCUGCAGCCGUUUGAUAACACUCACUCUGUGGGUUCGAGCAGGAGAGGGUCGGGGCAGUCGUCUCUGGAUGAGUUGAUGCUGAAGGACAUGGCCCAGGACUGCUCAUCUGUCAAAGAACAGCUAUUUCACCUGAGGACACUGCUGCAGGUGGAAGAGGAUGGAUCAUUUGAUGGAGCUGAGCAGCUAGUGUCCAGUCCAUCGUCUGACGAGCCGAGCUAUCAACAAGUGGACGAGCUGUUGAAGGAGGUGCAGAAGCUCAGAGAAGAGCUCCGAGGGAAAGACGUACUGAUUUCGAAACUCACUCAGCAGUUGUCGGCUCCUGUAGUGGUGACUCCAUGCCUGUGCCAGCAGGGGGAGCUGCAGAGACGAGCGCAUCAGGACGAGAGCACUCAGACUCCAUGGAGAGCACAAAAUCCUCAGGUACUACAGCCUUCCCAGUCCUUGGCCAGCGAGCAGAACAAGUUGGCAAGACCAUCACGCCGAACCCUCUCCGAGGCCCCCAGUGAGCGUGUGGAUGCCCAGCCUGGUGACGGUCCAGUGAAGCCCCAGUCCUGCACUGUAGUUUUACCCGUGUCCGCUCCCGGUAAUGCCACGCUUCCUUCCUCUGUGCCCACAGCCGCGCCUGCUGUUAGUGCCGCUGCUGCCUCUUUAUCCUCCAGCACUCUGAACUCCGAUAAUCUCAUCCUCCUCGUAAACAGCCAUCUCCGAAUCGAUGAGUCACACGGCCCCAGGGCUCACGUUAGUAACUGCAUCCAGCCGAGGAGGACGAAUCAACAGUCUGGUGACCUUCACACACUCAGCAGUGACAGGAAAGCUCCAGGUCUCACGAAACCCCGAAGAGGCGAGCAGUUCGGCUCAGGACGAGGAGCGCGAGGUGCGUUUGGUACUCACCCAGGUUUCAGUGGUUCAUCCAGGACCAGACGUCUGCCCGCUCCGUCCUGUGGCCUGCCCCGCAUCAGCUCAGCAUCACAGUCCAGUCUAAUCCCAUCAACACACAGCUCGGGCAUCAGAAUGAUCUCCGCUCCUAGAGACGAGGAGAUCGGUCCAGUCCGGACUCAAGAGCUGUCCGGCGCUUGCAGCUCUCGCCUCCCCAAGCCAAAGAGCCAUUAACCCUCCUCUUCCUCUACUGCAGCACUGCUCAGGGCAUCAGGCUCCUCACUCCACAGCUCCAAAUGCCUACUGAUCUCUUUAUCAAACAAUACUUGAUGUGUUUGAUCUGCCCAGGCUCUCUACUUACUGUAAAACACACACUUGAGGGCAGAUCUCAUCUCUGUGCCCAUGCAUUAGGAGUUCAUCCCAAAUCUACUAAUGCAUAGUAGGAAAAAAAAAAAAACUUGGGGCGAUCACGGUUUUAAAUCCUGAUGUGUAAAUGGCUGUGCUGUCUGAAUGGGAGGGGCUUUACUCUAUCACCUUUCCGUCACAAUGACGCCGCCAUUGUGUCGCGCAGACGGCGCUUUCCAUCAAGUGAUGAAGCUUGAGCAGCAGUUCCAAAUCCCCAAAAAAAAAUUCCAAGAGAAAGAGAAGAGAAACGCACCCACUCAGUUCCCGCUGUCUGUUCCAGGCAAAAAGCAGACACACCUGCACAACUCCUGCUUAUUCAGCACGUUAUAUUUUGAAAGGCUAUCGACAAUCCCUUUAUUGCCUUUAAACCUUCACCAUGCUCAUAAAUUGAACUUUUUCUGACCAGCGCAGAAAGACACUGACGACAAUCUGUAAGAGCUUGAGGUUUUUCCAUAUUACGUAAACACUAAAGCUCCGCUCGUCGUAAUCCUGCGAACGAAUCGAGCGGCUUGUAGUUUGACGCUCGGCUCGUUUUGUCAGCGUAUCCGAAACGUGCUGCGUGUGAAGGUCAGCUGCUGUUGGAGACGUGUACCAGUGACGACGGCAUGCGUUUUUCCCGUUCUGUCGUGGAGGAGAGCGUGAUGGUGUGAUCUGCUACUGAAAUAAGGGACUGAUAAAUCACUGCACUACUUUUCUUGUCCUCCUCCAUCGACGUUUCAGCUGUGUUCACUCUCGGUGGUGCACAUGAUCUACCCCAACGUGUCCGAAAGAGGAGAACGUGCCCCUGAUCUGCAGUAGAGUUUAUUCAGGAUGGAAAAAGAGGAGAAUCCCCCCCCCCAUAUCACAUCAGCUUCAGAGUCGAGUGAGGAGAUGCAGUGAUGCUCCGGGGACCCAACUUCCUGCCAUUUUCUGUUCUUCCUGAAGUGUGUGCGUGUGUGUUGCAGUGAUGGAGGUAGAGAGCGAGUCUCAGUUGUGUUCAGACGUGUUGACUGAAGAUCAGACCAGUUACGUAAUUUUUCAUCCUCAUCCAGUGAUUCCUCGUGCCCUGUACGUGGGGGUGGAGUCAUCCUGGAAGAGACCACACCCACCAGAACAGGUCACGUUUCAUCAUCCUUUCGGAAGCGCUGCAGGAGCGAUGUACAGUGACGUAACGGAGCUUUAGAUAAUAUACACAACGUACUGAACAUAUAACCUUCCGUUCCUGUAGUUCAGUGAAGUUAGUGUUAAUGUCAUGAUUUAUUUAUUACAAAAUGACACACACUACACAUAUUCUAUACACACACACACACACAACACAACACAAAUGCUAAGCUUACUAUGCAAGAUUUUAUUUAGUUGAGCUUCCUGGAGUAUGUCACAUGUUAUGAGUGUUAUUUAUACACCACGGCACUACACACGCACACAGAGCUUAUUUAUUAAUGUACCUGUAAACGGAUAAAAAGUAUGACGUGUUGGUCUUUAAUAUAUAAAAAGUUGUAAUGAUUUCGUCGCUGUGGUAUAAGAGGAAUAAAACACUUGCAGUCUGUUUCUAUGACAUGACUGUCCAUCUCUCUCUCUCUCUAAAACUCUUCUGAAAGUAAAGGGAGCGCGAAUCCAGCGUGACGUCCACGUCUGAGAUCAAGCGCAGUUCAGACGAACACCAGCUGUGUUGUGUUUUAGCUCUAUGAGGAGCGCUCGGCACGUUUCUAACGACCGAAACGCAGGAGUAAUUUGUUCGAGACGUAUCAGCGAGCGCAGAUUAAAUCCCCUCAUUGUAAUCCUCAGAUCUUACUGUAGGAGCAGCCCACCUCCAAAGCCCUGCUCUCUCACACACACUCGGAAUCUCCCUUUAUGCUUUCAGAGAGGACUUAAAAGUUCUGCUGUGUCUUAAAGAGGUGAAGUGGCCGCGUAGUGGAAGAGAAACACGCGCACAGUUUUUCACUUGCACCGAAGAUGAGAACAAACCAAUUCGUUUGAAGCACUUCCCCACUGAGAGAGAAGAGAUUCUUGUUUUGACUGAAACCUGAAUGUUGUUUCUUUUCGUGACAAUUUGUUUAUUUAUUAGGCUUUGGUAGCAUUAUUUUAUCUGGAUAGGCAUGCUAUUGUGAGACCAUUUUUCACUCUGCUCACACCAUGUUGAAUGCUUUUGAAUUCUCGCUUCUGAUCGGUCAGACGGUGUUGAUUAAUUUUCUCUGGAUUUAUUUUAACGUGCUCGUUCUAAUACGCUACGGUUUCUAUAGUAACAGCUCAUUCACAGGGGCACGUACGGCGAACGAUCCGCUGAUGAUAAACCGAUUAAAAAUGUGUGUUGAUAUUUUGUCAGAUGUUUGUUUCUGGAAGGAGUCUCCAGUGUCGGUGCUGUGUAACAGUCAGAGGUGAAGCUGGGACUUUCAGUUUUAUGACGUCUUCAGGACAGAGGAGGGUGGGUUUUUUUUGGUCUUAUUAACUUCGAGAGAGACUGGUGAGAGAACCACUGUUCAUAGCUGCUAUAACAUGCGUGACAUUUUGCUGACGUUCCACAACAUUAACUACAAAUGGGUAAAAAAAAAAAAAAAUUGUUCUUUAAUAAAUUUCAAAAUUGUUGACAAUUUGUUGUAGUGAAAGAGGAAUGAAACCCUUGAUGUGCUGUUAUCGGAAAAUAAUCACCUUUGGGAUGGUAACCCAAUCAUACAACCCUGUCACUGAUUAGUUUCCUAUAAUAGCGCCCCCCUGAGUGUGAAAUGUGUAGCAGUGUCAAGCUCAAGUGCCUAGUAAUUGUUCUACAUUUCAUGAGCCUUUGAUGUACGGCCCCGAUUCCAAAAAAGGGACGCUGUGUAAAACGUAAAUAAAAACAGAAUGCAGCAAUGCACCUUUUCAACCUAUAUUCAUCCAUCCAUCCAUUAUCUGUAGCUGCUUAUCCUGUACAGGGUCGCAGGCAAGCUAGAGCCUGUCCCAGCUGACUAUGGGCGAGAGGCGGGGUACACCCUGGACAAGUCGCCAGAUCAUCGCAGGGCUGACACAUAGAGAUAAACAACCACUCACAUUCACACCUAUGGUCAAUUUAGAGCCACCAAUUAACCUAACCUGCAUGUCUUUUGGACGGUGAAGGAAACCCACGCAGACACGGGGAGAACAUGCAAACUCUGCACACAAAGGUCCCCGUCGGCCACUGGGCUCGAACCCAGAACCUUCUUGCUGUGAUGCGACAGUGCUAACCACUACACCACUGUUCAAAGUGAAAUUCUUUCCCACUCUUGCUCGAUAUACAACUUCUCUUUAGCAGCAGUCCGGGUUUCUGUUGUAGUUUGUGGCAGGCAGGCCAGUUUAGCACCUGCACUCUUUUACUGCAAAGCCAAGCUGGUGUAACUCAUGCAGAAUGUGACUUGGCAUUGUCUUCCUGGAAUAAACAGGGACAUCCCUGAAACCGACGUUGUCUGGAUGGCAGCAUGUUGCUCCAAAACCUGUCUGUACCUUUUUAGCAUUAAUGGAGCCUUCACAGAUGUGUAAGUUAGCCCUACCAUGGGUACUAACACACCCCCAUACCAUUACAAAUGCUGGCUUUUGUGCUGGUAACAGUCUGGAUGGCUGUUUUUCUUUUUAGCCCGGAGGACACGUUGUCCAUGAUUUCCAAACACAGUGUGACUCGUCAGACCACGGCACACUUUUCCACUUUGCCUCGGUCUGUCUCAGAUGAGCUCAGGCCCGGAGAAUUCACCGGCAUUUCUAGAUGAUGUUGAUAUUUGACUUUCCAUUUGCAUGGUAGAUACAGCAUGAACUGUGUUUACUGAUAACGGUUUUCUGGAGUGUUCCCGAGCCCAUGGAGUAAUGUCCUUUAUUCAACGAUGUCGGUUUUUACUGCAGUGAUGCCUGAGGGGUCAAAGGUCACCGGCGUUCAGUGUUGGUUUUCAGCCUUGCCCCUUACAUGCAGAGAUUUCUCUGGAUUCUCUGAAUCUUUAUGAUCUUAUGGAUUGUUGAUUGGUGAAAUCUCUAAAUCGGUGAAAUCUCUAAACUGUCGGACUUUUUGCCUGCGCAGUUCUUCGCAAAGUUGUGAAGCACGCCCUGUCCCUGUUCGGGAAUGCCUGAGGCUUUCCAGUUCUCAGUGAACGGGUGUUUUCUCAACAUUCCACAACUUUCCCAGUCUUUUGUUGCCCCUGUACAAACUUUUUUUUUUUUUUUUUAGAACAUGUUUCAGGAAUCAAAUUCAGAAUGAGUGUAUAUUUACAAAAAACCCCAAAAGUUUAUCAGUUUGAACAAAUGUCUUUUGUAUUGUGUUCAGUUGAAUAUAGGAUCUAAAAGGAUUUGUAAAUCUGGGUUGGUCUCACACAGCGUCCCGACUCUUUGGAAUCAGGGUGGUUGUUGAUGUUUUUCCAUGUUUGACAGUUUGUUGUGAAAAUCUUUGCUGCUCGACUGAACGCUUUCCUGGGCGAUGGUUAGUUUCGGCUGCUGUUUCAGACAGUUCCUGUAACUAACGCCGGCAUUUCAUCGGUGGGAAAAUUUUCUGAGGCUUUCCCACAUGUAUACAGUGUUUCGAGUCGCUGAAGAACUUCAGUUCUAAGGCCCAACCCGACACACACUCAUGAACCACAGGUGGGCUGCGUUUCCUCAGAAUGUGCGCGCUGGACUUUGUAGGUGCUUCGCGCUUCACGUGUACCUCCACUGCAGACGUGCGAGCAGCAGUGACACCCCGUGCUGUAGAACUGCGCAGUAAUAAUCUCACAUCGGAUAUGCCUUCAUAAAAACGCGCAUAUAACCUGAGCUCCUGGUAUACGCUAUCAGACUGUAGUCUGACGAUAUCACACACUAAUAAUAAUAUCAGCAAAUUACACAACGAAACAAAGUAAUAACCACAGAACCAUCCGUCAGCGUUAGUGUCAUUGAUAUGCAACAGCAUAUAGUGGAACCGUUGUUCUCCUGUUUGACGCGUGGCAGGAUGCUGGAGCUGCUUUUAUUAAAGACGCGUGAUGAUAAAGGUGUAGAGAUUGUCGAUAUGAAAGAAGUCGUCGAAGCCACACGUCUCUGUUUCUCGUCGUUUCAUUCCGGCUGCAGUUCCUUCACCUCGUGUGAUUUUGAUUGUUAAUGUUUGUUCUUCAAAGCUCAGUGGUCAAUAUUUCAUCAUCAGCACCACAUCUCCUUAACGAUGUAAUGCUUUUCUUUGUGGGUUGACUUUUUUUUUUUUUCUGUUUACACACUGGAUCUUAAAUUUGUGCAAUAAGAGAACAGGUCAUGCAAACAAUAAGAAUUUGCACUGUAAUUAACAUUUGUGUAAUUUUGCUUAAUUUAUUAAAUGUUAAUUAUGACUCAUUGUCACUGUGGACUGAAUUGGAGAAGAUCCAGGAAGAGAGCGGUACUUUAGGUUCUCACCACAUGGUGAGAUGAAAAAGAAACAAGAUGUUUUUUGUUGUUGUUGUUGUUGGAUUUUGUUUUCUUUGCCUCUGUGUCCUGAUCCCUUGUCUUGAAAUAAAGACAGAACCAAAACAUA